AUGACUGCGGAGAAUAGCCGUCGUGGAGGCGCUGAGGAGCAGGACUCGGUCAAGGUUUGUGUGCGGAUCCGGCCUCUCAGCUCCAAGGAGAAGCAGGAGCAGACCAAGAGCUGCAUUCGCAUCGCCGCCUCGUUCGACGGGUUGUCCAGCAGCAGCUCUGGAUCGUCCCGAGGUGAAAGUGCAGGAACCAAACAGGGACCCCAGCAGCUGAUCGUCGGCAGGGAUCGAGCCUUCACCUUCGACAAUGUCCUCGGGGUCACGAGCUCGCAAACGGACACGUAUCGACUAUGUGUUGCGCCGCUGGUGCAAGGGUUCUUGGAAGGCUACAACGCCACAGUGCUGGCUUAUGGCCAGACCGGAACGGGUAAAACUCACACCAUGGCAGGCUCAGGAUUCGACGCUCGAGGUCGUGAGAAGAACGCAGAGCUACAGGGCAUCAUCCCACGGGUUAUCAAGGCUGUGUUCAAGAAGUUGCAGCUGCAGGAGGAGGACAGCGACAACCAGCGUCGAACUGAGAACACGCUGCGCGUGGAAUACGUUGAAAUCUACAACGAAGAGCUGCGAGAUUUACUGCAUCCCGAGACAACGUCGAAGCAGUUGGCAAUUCGUGAGGACGGGGAGGGGAACAUCGUGAUCACGGGGGUGAAAUCGGAACCUGCAGACUCGAAGGAGGCAGUGUUCCGGCAUCUCGUGGUUGGAGGGGCAUCACGUGUCACUGGAAGCACGCUCAUGAACGAACAAUCGAGUCGCUCUCACGCCAUUUUCAGCUUGUUGUUGGAGCAGCGCGACCUCACGUCCGGUACGCGGAGGUUCUCAAAGUUUCACCUCGUCGACUUGGCGGGGUCCGAGCGUGCCAAACGCACUGGAGCUGUAGCGGGCCGCUUCAAAGAGUCCGUGAGCAUUAACCAGGGUCUUCUGGCUCUGGGAAAUGUGAUCAGCGCAUUGGGCGAUGACAAGCGUCGUAUUGGCAGCGCUGGAAGCGGAAGCGGAGCUGUGCACGUGCCGUAUCGAGACUCAAAGCUGACUCGCCUACUUCAGGACAGUUUGGGAGGCAACGCCCGCACAUUGAUGAUCGCCUGCGUGAGUCCCGCUAGUGUGAACUUUGAAGAAACGCUGAACACGCUCAAGUAUGCGAACCGUGCGAAAAAUAUCAAGAAUAAACCGAUUGUCAACGAUAAAAUCGUGAGCGAGGAGGAGCGUCUGCGUAACGAUGAAGAAAUGCUACGGAUGCGGGAAGAAAUCUCCAAUCUACAGACGCAGCUAAAGCAGCAAAAAGCUGGAGCUCCGCCCUCGCGACCUCCGUCUCGCCCGUCUUCGUCAAUGGGGAAGAAGGAGAAGAACGUGGAUCAAGAGCGGGAGCUGGUCACCGUCAAUCGGGAGUUAGCACAAGCGACCAAGUGCGUGCAUCUGUAUGGCGACGCUAUUGAAAGUAUCCGCUCGUACUCGAUGGAAGCCGCCACUCUGUUGGUGGCCAUGGAGCGCGAGAUAAAGUCUCUUGGUCGACCGGUCCAGGCGAGACUGAACGAGAUCGUGAAGCUGCUCAAUGCUUCCAUCCAGACGGCAAACCUGAGCGAGAUCAGUGCUAAGAAGCUGUUGCCUUCACCGUCUCGACGUCGAAGUGAGAAAGACAGCGACCCUGCGAGUCAGGAUGAGGACUGCGCUCAACAAUUGGAAGAAUCUGUCGUGGUUCAGAAGCUUCGUCAUGAACUGAAAGAAGCGAAGGCGAAUUUGACACGAGACGAACAGAUUUUCGAGAUUAAGAACACGGAUAUAUCAAAACUUCAGGCGCUCCUGGUUGAAGCGAAGGGGAAGAACGAGAAGCUCAUUCAACGCGUGCAGGAGCUCGAGCGUGGUGGGCAGUUGUGGACCAACUCGGAGGUUCCCAGUGAUGCUCAAGAGAAAUCGCGGAUGUCGUUGGCUGAUGAGAAGUCGGAGAGCAAGUCUUCAAGCCACACUACAACGGAUUCACCUUCUGGUCGACGCUCUCGCACGCCUUCUACAAGCAGUGGGAAGACGGUAUCGUCGUCGCGUGGAUUGUUUUCUCGUCGUGGAGGCACUGCAGCUUACGAUGGCAAUGAAGACAAGGUGGUAAUGGACAAUCCCGAUGAAGAAAAUGGUGGAGAGGAGCCCAGAAUGCCCUCAGCACCACGCAAAUCCAGAAGCGGCGGAGCUUCGGGGUUCUCACGCAAUAGUACGAGUAGCAGAAGCGAUAACAGUAGUCGAGGCAGUCUUACGUCUGGAUCUCGCUUGAGAACGAGUGAAGCUAUUGGCAAGUUGGAAACGACGAUCACCGCUCUUCAGGCGAAACUCGAGGAGCUACAGAAGAAGAAUGAGGAACUACUGGACGCCCGUGAAGAAUCUACCCGGCGCUGGGCUCUGGAACGGCAGAACUACGAGCGUCAACUUAGCGAGGCCGAGCACUCAAUCGAAGCACUGAAGCGCGACAACCAAGUCCUAGAAGACUCGGUACUUAACGACAAGCGCAGCGAAGAAGCUGACCAUGAGCGGCCUGGUACACCAGCUCCAAGUAAAUCAAGUCGACCUCCAACUGCAAGGAGAUCCCAUAACAACGGGCCAAUCGACAAGGAAGCGGUGAUCUCGGCCUUUGAGCGCAGUGUCAAGGAGCUGAUCGAGUAUCACGCCACUCGGCGUGAGGUGGUUCACUUGCUUAAGGGCAAGAAGGACGCGGAGCAAAGCAGAACCGAAGCUGCUCGACGUGUGAACGCUUUGGAGAUGCAGAAGAUGCGUCAGAGUCUGGGCGUACGUGAAAGUAUCUCGGACCUGUCCAAGUCUCUCCACGCACUAGACGAGCGCAUGCAGGCCGAAUCCAAGUCGCUGGAGGAACUCGAACGCCUCAAGAAGCUGCGCGUGCGUGCCGAGCAAAAACUCGCUGCUCUUCGGAAGAAGGAGGAGAAGGCGGACUUCCUGGACAGCGAGGCGCAGCAAGAGCUCCAGGACCUCGAGGAGCUGAUCGUGGACUUGGACUCGCACAUCGCGUUCCAAGACGCAGAGCUGGUGGCUGCGCGCAACGAUCUGCUCGCCAUCAAGCAGCGGUCUGAAAGCAGAGAUGCCAAGUCUCCACUUGACGGUCUAGCUAAUGGACUGGUUCAACAGCUCGGCGUGGACCCUACUGGUGCUACAGCUACCAUCAUGGGCAAAUGUCUGGAUGAAGUCGCUCGACUGCGUAUGCGGGUGAGCGAGAUGGGGAACGAGGUGCAGGAGCUGCAGACUCUGUUGAGCGAGCGUGAAGCAGCGCUGAGCCAGUUGGAAAGCGGGUUAGCAGUGGCACGGGACGAGUUUGACCGGCGGCUGGCAGCUCAGCAGCGAGAGAGCGCCGAAGCCAUGGAGCAGCUCAAGAAGAUGCAGCCGAAGGUCCUGUGGCAGAAGCUCAUCGUCCGCUGCCAGAAGAAGGACGAGUACAUUGCCGACUUGGAGAAACACGUCGUUUUCUACAAGUCGAAGGCCAAGCAGAUGCAGGCUCAGCUCCAGCAGCUUAUCCGGUCGUCAAGCGAGCAGCAGCGGCAGUCUGACAGCGACGAUUCCUCCGAUACUGGGCGUGAGAGACAAUUGCAGCGUCGCAUCCAGCAGCUUGAGGACGCCAAUGAUUCGCUCAUGAAGGACCUGGCCACCGCCAAAGUUUACCUUCGAGCGUCUCAGAGUCGAGGCAGCACCGCACGAACCAGUGGGGAACGGACUGGAGCGAAGGUUGUGCGUAUCUCCAGGAGCGAGUUGCGAGAGCUCCCCGCGCCACCAGCGCCGCCCUUACACGCCUCCGACCUACGUAAAGACUGA